CCAAAAAGUAAACAGACGUUGUUUUGAUAUGUCAAAAAUCAGACGAUCACUGUUAGUCUCUCCAAAAAAGUGGGUUUGGUGUUAUUUUGACCAAACAGUAGAACGGAUUGUUUUUGACGAAGACUGAGACGUUUUCGCGUAGUGGUUUAGUUUCCCUUGUUACUGUCUAGCUAAAUGUCUUUGUAUUGCGUUUCAUUUGGCUGCUAGCCUGCUGCUAGUUGAUCUAACCGAUUAAACUACAUUAACAUUAGCUGACGGUUUAGCUGCGCAGUAGCAGCUAAUAGUAGGUCGACAGUAGGACGUGUUUGUAACUGUAUAGUUUCGCGUCUUUCCAAUAGCUAUGUGUACAAAGCGAAAGCGUUAACCGUGUUUAUAACUUGCACCUAUGCAGUGACAUUUUCAAGCAACCGUAACCACCCUUCUUUGACAAGCUGCUCCUCCUCCCCUUCCUGUUUGUGUUAUUGCUCUGCAUGUCGACAACAGUUGUUACAUGAGUCUUUUAAAAACUAUGUAAGAAAUACGUCGUAUGAUGUUAGUACUAGACAGAUAAGAGUAAUGAAGCCUGAACAUCAGUGUCGUGCCAUGGCUGAGGAUGGAGAGGUAGGACGAGCUGGCUCCCCAGGCCGCCCGGGCCGACAGACCUACAGAAGUUCAGCCCAUUCCCGCAGCCUGCUGGAGGGCCUGCUGGCUCUCAGACAAAGUGGCAUCCUGUUUGAUGUGGUGCUGCUGGUGGAGGGUCGACCCAUCCAAGCUCACCGUAUACUUCUGGCAGCCUCCUGCGACUACUUUAGGGGGAUGUUUGCUGGAGGCCUCCGGGAGACACAGCAAAAGGAGAUCCCAAUUCACGGAGUAUCCCACAUGGCCAUGAAAAAAAUACUUGACUACAUUUACACUUCAGAGAUUGAUUUAGACCCAGAGUGUGUGCAGGAAGUCCUGAUAGCUGCCACACUGGUGCAGAUUGAGAACGUCAUCGGCUUCUGCUGUGAUUUCCUCUUCUCCUGGCUGGACGAGAGCAACAUUUUAGAGGUGCAUCAUCUCGCUGAUCUCUACGGUCUUCAGCAGCUGAAUGCCAGGAUGCACUCCUACAUGCUAAGGAACAUCCAGACUUUGUCUCGAGCCGACGUGUACCGACAGCUCCCUCAAGACGAAGUAUUCAGAGCUCUGUGCAGCAACGAGCUUCAGGUGAACAGUGAGAACGAAGUGUACGAGGCGGCGCUUUACUACCACUACAGUCCUGAGCAGGUGGAAACUGACCAGGUGUACUUGCAGGUCAGUCUGAAGGACAGUCUCAAGAUGCUUGAAGCUGUACGUUUCUGCCUGAUUGAGAAACAAGUAUUGCAGAGGUUGUACGGGAAACUGAACCAGUGUCCAUUAAAGGAUUUUGUUUCAGCUGCCCUGCGUUACCAUGAGCAGGAGAUCUGGCAGCCCAUCCUGCAGAGUCCUCUCACCCAGCCGAGGUCCACCUUCCACUGUAUCUUGGGCUUUGGGGGGAUGUUCACCUCGCACACAGACAACGACCGCUUGUUUCAGGUGUUCCACCCAAGCUGGAGGGAGUGGAGGACUCUCACUGCAGCUCACGCACCCCGAAUGUCCAACCAGGGCAUCGCUGUGCUGAACAACUUUGUCUAUCUUAUCGGGGGAGACAAGAACACCAGUGGGUUUCUUGCAGAGACCCGCUGCUGGAGAUACGAUCCUCGUCACAACAGCUGGAACACUAUCCAGCCUCUCCAGCAGCAGCAUGCUGACCAUUGUGUUUGCGUGGUGGGUGGCCAUAUAUACGCCAUUGGAGGGCGAGACUACAGCAAUGAGCUGGACACUGUGGAGCGCUACGACCCACACACCAACAUGUGGGAAUUUGUGUCAUCCCUCAAGAGAGAGGUUUACGCCCAUGCUGGAGCAGUGGUGGAUGGGAAAAUCUAUAUAACAUGUGGGCGCAGAGGAAUGGCGUACCUUAGAGAGACCUACUGUUUUGACCCUGCGGCCAACCACUGGACAGGAUGUGCAGAGGGGCCGGUGGAACGGGCGUGGCACGGCAUGGCCGCUGUUAACGGACGUGCUUAUGUCAUUGGGGGAAGCAAUGAUGAGCAUGGAUACCGGCGUGAUGUCCUUAAGGUGGCAUGCUUUAACCCCACAGCCAACUCUUGGUCUUUACUGAGCCCUCUCCCCAGUGGACAUGGGGAACCUGGUGUGGCUGUACUGGACAAUCGUAUCUACAUACUGGGCGGACGCUCUCACGACAAAGGCGACAGGAUGAAAUAUGUCCACGUGUUCAACACCGACACAGAUGAGUGGGAGAAUGAGACAGAGUUUAAAGAGCGUGUCUCCGGCCUGGCAGCCUGCGUGGUGCUCAUGCCCCCCGCUGUGAUUGCACAGGCCAGGAGCUGGGAGCAACGCACCAAGGCUUCAUGGGAAGAGGUGGACAACGACAACUCAGAGGACUCGAGUGAGGACUGACCUGCAGAGAAUGAACUGAAUCUAUAGUAUGAGCACUGGAGACUGUCAUGCACUUUUCUUAUUCAGCAUGUUGAAUCUGAAGUACCUUAAGGAUACUUUUGUGGCAGUGGUUAUGGCAGCAUUGUGUCCUUCAUGCAUGUUGACCACUUUGAGUGCCUCUGAACCAAAGUGUCAUUUAAGACCUUUGUGCACUUUUUGUUACUCAGAUAUCUCUUCAGAUAAUCACACUCCGUCCAUAAAUUAUUUAUCUGCUCAAACGUUAAUGUUACUGUUUGUUGCUGAUCCCUCAUUAUUUCCUGCAGAGAGAACCUUUAUAUCUUCAAGUGAAAUAAAGCAGUGAAGACUACUGGCUAUGCAAUAUGGAGAAUAUCUCAGCUGCCCAUAGUUGUUUUUUUGAACAUUUUUAAAAUAGAUCUUUGUUUUAGAUUUGGUUACUACUGUAUUACCGGCAGCUAGGGUUAGGGGCAGCAUUCACCCUAAUAGGUCAGUCAGCUAAAGGUCAGUUUUUGUGAAUUACUACUUCUCCAACCUGGCAGUUCCUGGCUAAUGCCAGGAAGUACAUCAGAUGUAUCAUCACAUCCGCACUACUGGGUCAUCAUGAAAUUUUAACAUUGUGCCUCAUUUUUCUGGUUAAAAUCCUGAACUUAUAUUGUGAAUUGUGCUUUUUAUGUUUAUAAAUGUCUUUUUUUGGGUGGAGAUUAGCCUUUGGUUUUGUGCCUCAGAUAUCACAAUUUGUUUUAAAAAAAAAAAACAUUGUUGAACUGAUUUAUAUUCGUGCGUGAAUGAUGAGGCACUGGUGCUAAAGGUUGUAGACCUCAAAUCACAAUAUGUUGCCAUUUCUUUAAAUGAAUUAGCACCAUGUCUUGAUGUUUGUGUGAUGAAAAGCAAACCCAUAUGGUAUUUUUUUUUGUUGUUGUUGUUGUAUCCUUUCGUUCAUCUAUGACUCAUACUGUGUAAGCUAUUCCAUGACAGGAUCCAAAGAGCACAAUGAAGAUUAGUUUUAGAGUAUUUCUGUUCUGUUUUGCUCUGCUCUUCUGUUUGUUGCCCCGCUCAUGGUUACGCUGUUCAAUAUUGGCAGAGAAGAAGUUUAAUGACUCCCGCUUCACUAUGCACCCUUUGUUUCUCUGUUGUAGAAAAAUUCCAGGAACAAGUCUGUUUUUGAAUGUGCUUCUUUUUUCCGUAUGAGUUAUGUCAUAAAAAAAAAAAAGUAUCACAACACACUGUCACACAAGAUAUGCAAAUUUCAUGAGGUAAGUUUUCAAAUUUAAUAAAAUUGGUAAUACA